CGGCGCGCGCUUAGAGCGGCGCGAUUGAGACUCAACGGAGAAGCGUUAGGUUGGGGCGCCUACUCAUGAGGAGCAGGAAGCUCACAGGUGGAGUGCGAUCCUCAGCACGCCUUCGGGCCCGAAGUUACUCUUCAGCCAGCUUGCCCUCUGCCGAGAACAUCGCUAGCUCCACAUCUGCCAAGACAGCAUGUCUGGCUUCCUCAUCGCACAAGGCUACAGACAAGCGCACUUCCAAAAAGUUCAAGUGUGACAAAGGUCACCUUGUGAAGGCAGAAUUAGAAAAAGUUGACCCUAAAAGUGACGUUUCUUCUUUGCCAAAAGUGGCCCCUUGUGAAAAUAAGUUUGCAGAGGACAGUGCUGAGGCCGCUGUCCCUGUGCCCGAGAGCGGAGCACCUCCCCAGGGCUGCUCCAAGCCUGUGAGUGAGGAACCCUCGGCAAAGGCUGAAGAUGACCUGCCCACAGCAGAACCCAGCAGUGCGGCUGAGGCCCAGGAGCCCCCUGACAGCUCCACCACACACGCCGAGCCUAUGCCCAAGGCAGAGGAGCCCGUGCAGGUCCCGCUGCUGCAGAUGGACGGCAGCGUGUUUCUGGAUGACGACAGCAACCAGCCCAUGCCUGUGAGCCGCUUCUUCGGCAAUGUGGAGCUGAUGCAGGAUCUGCCACCGGCCUCUUCAUCUUGUCCUUCUAUGAGCAGACGAGAAUUCAGAAAAAUGCACUUCAGAGCCAAAGAUGAUGAGGAUGACACCGAGCUGUAACCGGUCUGUGCCUGCUUAGCUGUUAGCAGUCGACAGUGCAGCAAGGAUUAAGGUUUCUAUGACAUCCUCGAGAACAUGUUCAAACUGAACGCAAAACCGACAUGAAUGUCCCCAGCACAAACUCCCAGCUCCUGUGGAAGGUUCCCUGUGAGCAC